AUGGAAAUAAAUAAUGGUACAUUAAAAAGGAAUUCAGAAUUAUUUUUUUAUUGUUGGGAAAAUGUUUACAUAAAAAAAGUAAUUUUUGAAAAUUUAAAAACAAAUAAAACUUCAAUAAUAAACCUAUUAUAUGGAAUAUAUAAUUAUUUACAAUUAAAUGAUGUUAAUACAAUUACAACAAAUGAAAACUUACAUAUUUUAUUAAUAGAUAAAAUUAAAAAAACAAGAAAUUUAAAUUUUAAUUUUCCAAAAACCAAGAUUCCCUUUGAAUUAAUUUUCCAAAAGUUUAAUUCAAAUGAAACAAUUGAUUUUUAUAAAGAUUUAUUUAAAAAUUAUCCAAAGUAUUUCCUUUCUUCAAUGGAUGCAAUUUGUGAAUAUGCAAUCAAAUGUAAUAAUAUAGUUGCAAUUCAAGUUUUAAUAAAACAUUUUUCAUUUGUCCCAAAUAAUAGUAAAGAAAUUCUAAUAAGUUCAAUUUUAAAUGGGUCAUUCAAAGUUGCAAGUUUUUUAAAAGAAUCUUUUAAUAUAAACCUUACCAAUGAAGAUUAUAAUAAAAUAUGGAAUUAUUUAUUAUACAAUGAAAAUGUGGAAGGCACAAAACAAGAAGCCCAUUCAAUGUUUGAAGUAAUAAAACAUAAUAAAAAUAUAAAUUUUAAUAAAAUAAAUGAUUCAAUUGAAUAUUUAGUAAAAGAAUUAAAUGCACCAUUACCAUCACCUAUUGGUAAUAAUUCAUUUAAAUGUUUCAUUGAUUUUUCAAUUAAAAAAAGAAAUCUUGAAUUUAUUUUAUCAACUUGUUAUUCAAUUUCAUAUUUAAAAUCAUCUUUGGAAUUAUUUAUUUCACCCAAUCCAAAUUUAACGAAUUCAAUUAAAAUUUUAUCAAUUAAAGAAUUGGAUGAAAUUAAAAUGAAAUUAACUAGACAAGAAUUAGAAAGUAAUGUACAAGAUAUUGAAACUAAUAAUGAAAUAAUUUCAAAAUUAGUUGGAAUGGCUUCAAAAUUUACAAAUAUUAAUUUUAAUGUUAAUAUGAAGUUUUAUUAUCAACAUUAUUAUUUUAAUGAACCACCUAAACAAUGGGGAGAUUUUUUAACAAAUAUUUAUAACUAUAUUGAAAUUUCAAUAUCACACGGAGAUUAUAAAGAUUUGGUACUAAAUAUUAAUAAACUACCAAUUGAUCCUACAAUUAAUGGUAAAUCAAUUUAUUUUUUGGGUUUCGAAUCAUACACAUUAUUUAGAUCAUGUAAAAGUAUAAUGAACCAAAAAUGUGAAAUAUUUAUUCAAGAUGUUGUUAAUCAUCAAUUAGAUACAACAAUUGCACCAGAAUUAAAACAUUCAAUUAUUGAUGUUAUAAAAUUUUUUAUUACUUUAGGAAAUAUUGAAUUGAUUCAACAACUUUUUAUACAACUAGAUUAUUUCAAUAUUCAAAUUAAUCCAUCAAAUUUAAUAUACUCUUUUAUUAAUUCAACUGAAAUGUUUGAUUUAAUUUAUCAAAGAUUUAGAGAAACAUUCAAUUUAAAUGAAAUUUUAGAAAUUGUAAAUAUGUAUAAUAAGGUUGAAAUUAAAUAUUUAAUACUAUACCAUUUUAAAAACAACUAUACCCAAGAUUAUUAUCAACAACUUGAAAAUUAUAUACCAUGUGUAAAUAAUUUAUUAAAUGAAUUUAUUUUUGAAAAUAUUCAAGAUUUUCAAAAUAAAUUAAUAGAAUCAAAUUUUUGGUCAAAUUCUUAUGCAAUUAAAACUAUAAAUACCAAUCUCCCAUUAAAACAUUUUAAAAAAUUAUUAGAAAUAACUCCUAUUGAUCAUGAAUAUUAUCAUUGUUUUAAUAAUUUUGAAAAUUUAAAAUAUGUAAUAGAUUUUAGAAAACAAGAUAUAAUCAACAAUCGUAGAUUUUAUAUACAAUUUGAAAAUUCAUCAAUUUAUAAUAUAUAUGCAUGUGGAAUGAUGGAAGAAAUUUUUGAGGAAUGUUUAGAAAAACCAAUUAAUAUCCCAAUGGAAAAUUUAAAUAAUACAUUUGAUUUAAUGAUUAAAUCAAUUGAUUUAAAAUCAAUUAAAUUUAUAAUUGAUUAUUUUAAUCUAACAAAUAAUAAUACAUUUAUUCAAAACUUUAAGGGAUGUUUAAAUACAAUCUCAAAGUUUAACCGAAUUGAAGUUUUAUCAUUCAUAUACAAUAACUAUCCAACACUAUUAUCUCAAAAUAAUUUACAAUCAUUAUUUGAACAUUGUUUACAAGUAACAGGUUCAAUUGAAAUAAUUCAAUUUUUAAUUAAAGAUAUUAGAUUUAAACCAAACCUUGAAAAUAUUGAUAAAAAUAUUAAUUUUACAGAUAAAACUUUUAUAACUAAAAAUUAUUUUUUAAAAUAUUUAAAUAAAUAA